AUGAGAUAUGAUGAGGUCACUUCAACAGAGAACGACAGACCGAGCUCUCUGGUGUUGGAGGUGAUCGACUACAACAUGCCUCUCACUACGACCUACAUGAAGCAGAUGAAGCUGCAGUGCAUGAGCAACAGUAAGGAUGACAGUUCACUGAGCAGCGAGGAGGAGGCCGAGAUGAGCGAGCCCACAUGGCUAGCAGCUGAUCUGGGAGCAGCGUCCGACCUGAGCCCGCCGCCGAGCCGAGGAGAGAGGAUGCGCCACAGUCCGCAGAACGCACACAGCAAGGAGGACGACGGUAAGGAGAACAGAAGCUUUGUUCGCUCAGCUUUGGUUUGUGUGUUUGAAAGUUAUAAACACGCCGUGCUGGAAGUGAUGAUGCGACUCUUACAAUGA